AUGGGAUUAGAAGCAGUGCCGUGUGUGUUGCGCAGUGCCAACAGUGAUGGUAACAAUCCAUCGUAUUGCACCAUCGGUUUCCUCAUUCGACCAUCCAGCAGUUCCACCAAUAACAAUUCCGGACAAACGGCCACAAAUGCGACGCUUACUAGCACGGCAUCAGUGGCACUGCCAGCAGGCAGCGUUCCGAAAUCACUGCACGUUGUACCUGCAACAAUUCAGAAGCAACCGGGAACAAUUGCGACAGCUGCGCCCAAACUGGUGGUGCCAAGUGUUUUGCGAAUACAGUCAGCUCCAUGUACCACGAACACGGCGACGUGUGGACAGAUUGCAGUUUCUGGGCCACAAGCACGUUCGCAGCAUAUUCUUCAUCCAGUAGCAGCAACCGUAUCUCCACCAGUAUCUGGACAGCAGUACCACCACCAUCAGCAGCAGCAGCAGCAGCAGCAGCAGCAGCAACAACAACAACAGCAGCAGUGUUCUAACGAUGGUUGGAUGCAUACGGCGGCACCACGAUCUAGCACAUCUACCGGAUCUUUUGAAACAUCAUCACCGUCGCAGGUUAUUUUGUAA